AUGAAAAAGAUUACUUCUGAAGUAGAAGAUACAAUGCUUGGUUUGAAGAAAAUACUUGACUCCAAUGAUGUCUUAGCCUCUGCGUAUAUCUCAAGAAAUGCUGAAUUCAUCAAUUUACCUCCUAAAGUCAAAUUUUCUUUGCCAAUUUUCUCCCCUCAUCACGGAAACAAGGAACAGCUAAAUCAAAUGUUUGGUUCUCUGUCAGCAUUGUCCAUUACAACAGAUGAACAUGGCUACAUAAUGAAGACACCAGAAGCUGCAUCUUGUCCUCCAAUCCAACCGCUGAUUGAUGAACCAGAGCUCAUCAUCACCAUUGACGCUGGGUAUGAUCCACUUUACAGUGUUACCCGCCUCAGUGAUGAAGAAAUCUGGACAUGUGGAGAAGACAAAAUCAUGAAACUCUACAACCUCCAGGGCCAACUACUGAAGACAAUCCAAACCAAAUCAGGGAACAUACCAUGUGACAUAGCAGUGAAAAGGAGUGGAGAUCUAGUUUAUACUGACCAUGAUACAAGAACUGUAAACAUAGUGAAGAAUAAACAGAUACAGGAAGUGAUCAGACUACAGGAGUGGAAACCUUACUACAUUUGUAGUUCUUCCUUUGGUGACCUCUUAGUCACCAUGCUCAGUGACGAUGACACACAAUCAAAAGUUGUCCGUUUCUCUGGAUCUACAGAGAAACAAACCAUUCAGUUUGAUAGUGAAAGUGUCCCCUUGUAUUCCCCUGAUUGCUUUAAAUACAUCACUGAAAACAGGAACCUGGAUAUCUAUGUAGCUGACUGUAAAGCUAGUGCAGUAAUAGUGGUCAAUCAGGAAGGUGUACUGAGAUUUAAAUACACGGGUCAUCCCUCUAUUUCCAAGGAAUCCUUUGAUCCACUUGGCAUCACAACAGACAGUCGGAGUCAGAUCCUGACUGCAGAACAUUAUAAUGGCUGUCUCCACAUCCUAAACCAGGACGGCCAGUUUCUACGUUUUAUUCGUAGCUGUGAUGUAGGUGAUUCAUGUGGUCUGUGCAUUGACACCACAGAUAACCUCUUUGUCACUGAAAGUGACAGUGUUAAAGUAAAGAAAAUCAAAUAUAUGUAA